AUGUGUGAUUCAAACGGUCUAGAAUUACUCGCAAAGAAUUGGAAAUUAUAUUCAUUAUACAACUUCGUUUAUCCAUCAAUUUACUGCAUUGACCAAUUAUCUCCACGCUGUUAUCUAUUGAAAAUUCACUCAUCUUUGUUUUCUGGUGUUUUGAAAUGUAUAUAUGCUAUCUCAAUGAGUCCCUACUUCUCUUUUUCUUUCGUUUGA